CCCACUUUACAGCAUUGGCUCGGUGAACAAAAUUUGAUCAACAAAAAUAAUAAACAAAAAGCGUACCAUGCGGGCCGUUAUACAGCGAGUGAGAGCCGCAAAGGUUACGGUGCUGGAUGAGCUGGUCUCCUCCAUCGGGCCGGGACUGUGUGUGCUGGUUGGAAUUAAGGCGACUGACACAGCCACAGAUGUGGAGUUUCUGGUGCGCAAGAUACUCGCUCUGCGGCUGUUCGAGGACGAAGGCAAGCGGUGGCAGAAGUCGGCAAAGGACCUGCAGCUCGAGAUUCUCUGCAUCUCGCAGUUCACAUUAUAUCACCGACUGAAAGGCAACAAGCCCGAUUUUUCGGCUGCCAUGAAAGGAGACGACGCCCAGAAGCUGUACAAACAUUUUCUGGAUCGCCUCAAGCAGUCUUACGACAGCAGCAAAAUUAAAGAUGGCAAAUUCGGAGCGAACAUGCAGGUGCAUAUUGAAAACGACGGCCCCGUUACGAUCAACCUGGAAUCACCGGACAGCAAGCAGCCGGACGACUGCGUCGACAACUGAAGCAAUAUUCACGAAAGCUACUAUUUAUGUACCACGGGGUUUUUGUAAAUUAUAUUCUCGUUAGCAGCUUAAAUCUAAA